GUGCUGAUCGCGCGUUGUGUGGACUAACCUCGGGCGUGUAUGCGUAAAUAAAACAAAAUGUUUUUGAUACUAGUGAUAAUCGGUUUAGUGACUCUUUACUUCUAUGGAACUCGGACAUUCGAUUAUUGGAAGAAAAGAGGCGUCAAACAUGACAAGCCUUUACCAGUGUUUGGAACCAAUUUGAAACAGUUCAUGCAGCAGGCCAGCAUGGCUAUGAUGGCUACUGAUACAUACAACAGGUACCCGGAAGAAAAAGUCGUUGGAUUCUUCAGAGGAACAGCCCCAGAAUUAGUCAUUAGGGAUCCACAAAUUAUUAAAAGGAUUCUCACAACAGACUUUAACUGCUUCUACGCCCGAGGUCUUAAUCCACACAAAACAGUUAUCGAGCCUCUACUCAAGAACAUUUUCUUUGCUGAUGGUGACUCAUGGCGUCUUAUCAGGCAGAGAUUCACCCCCGCUUUCAGUACUGGAAAAUUGAAGGCCAUGUUCCAUAUCAUCACUGAUAGAGCAGAGAAAUUGCAAGUUAUUACUGAAGAGGUCGUAGACCGGGAAUUCUAUGACGUCAGAGAACUCAUGGCCAGAUAUACUACUGACUUUAUCGGUGUGUGUGCUUUCGGUAUUGACAUGGAUUCGUUGACAGACGAAAACUCUCACUUUAGGAAACUGGGUAAAAGAAUCUUUGAAAGAAGAUUCAGAGAUGCGAUGGCAGGAGCCUUUAAAAUUAUGUUCCCCGAAUUGUGCAAGAAUAUACAUUUGUUAGCACCAGAGUUGGAAAUAAACAUGAAGCAUUUGGUACAAACUGUGUUGAAAAACAGAAAUUAUAAGCCUUCUGGUAGAAAUGAUUUUAUUGAUUUAAUGUUGGAACUUAGAGAGAAGGGCAAGAUUAUUGGAGAAUCAAUUGAAAAGAAGAAUCCUGAUGGAACACCUAAAAUUGUUGACUUAGAAAUGGAUGACAUGUUAAUGACUGCCCAAGCAUUUGUUUUCUUUGGAGCCGGUUUUGAGACCUCUUCCACUGCUUCAAGUUACACUUUACAUAGACUGGCAUUCCAUCCAGAAUUCCAGGAAAAAGUAAUGAGAGAAGUUGACAUCGUCUUAGCAAAACAUAAUAAUAAGAUCACGUACGACGCAAUCAAAGAGAUGAAAUAUUUAGAAAUGGCUUUUUACGAGUCCAUGAGGAUGUACCCUUCAGUGGCUUAUUUGAUAAGAAUGUGUUGUGUGCCAGAAUACACAUUCCCAGAAUUAGACUUGACCAUUACUCAAGACACUAAAGUGAUCAUUCCUAUUCAAGCUCUGCAUAGAGAUGAAAAAUACUUCAGAGAACCUCACAAGUUUGACCCUGAACGAUUUGUUGAUGGCGCUAAGGAUGAUAUAAAGAAUUUCGUCUAUUUACCAUUUGGAGAAGGACCUCGUGCUUGCGUUGGUGCAAGAUUAGGUCAGAUGCAGUCCAUGGCUGGAUUAGCAGCAGUCUUAGCGAAAUACUCAGUGGAACCAGCAGCUUGUACUGUAGAAUAUCCCCUGCCAGAGCCAACUGGAAUCGUAUCUGAAGGAUUCGUUGGAGGCCUACCCUUGAAACUGAAGCGACGUGAGAAGUUCUACACCGCGUGAUAGAACUUAGGCAUAUGUUGCUUAGAAACAGACUGAAUAUCUAAUUUAUUGAAAGUUUGUGAUUUAAUUGUUAUGGUUUCUUCUUUUCCUAUAGGUAUUUGAUUUUGCUUAGUUUAUGAUCUUCAUAAACCUCGCAAUGUCUAUACUUUCAUACAUGUAAUUUACUUGUUGCAAUGUGCUAGUCGCUCAUCGCUUGCAAGUUCCAUUGACCUAUUUAUUCUUCCUUUUUUAAUAGUUAUGUAAAUAAAUUACUUACCAUGGA